CGCAUCCGCGUGGGGGAGCUGGUGGAGGAUCCCGGGACGCGGAGACCCGGGGUCCCGGCAGCGGGGCGGCCCGCGGGCCACGGUGGGGAUGCACCGCCGCGGAGUAGGAGCCGGCGCCAUCGCCAAGAAGAAGCUUGCGGAGGCCAAGUAUAAGGAGCGAGGGACUGUCUUGGCUGAGGACCAGCUGGCCCAGAUGUCAAAGCAGUUGGACAUGUUCAAGACCAACCUGGAAGAAUUUGCCAGCAAGCACAAGCAGGAGAUCCGGAAGAAUCCUGAGUUCCGGGUGCAGUUCCAGGACAUGUGUGCCACCAUUGGGGUGGAUCCUCUGGCCUCUGGAAAAGGAUUUUGGUCUGAGAUGCUAGGCGUGGGAGACUUCUAUUACGAGCUGGGUGUCCAGAUUAUCGAAGUGUGCCUGGCCCUGAAACACCGGAAUGGAGGUCUGAUAACUCUGGAGGAACUACAUCAACAGGUGUUAAAAGGAAGGGGCAAAUUCGCCCAGGAUGUCAGCCAAGACGACCUGAUCAGGGCCAUCAAGAAGCUAAAGGCACUGGGCACUGGCUUCGGCAUCAUCCCUGUGGGCGGCACUUACCUCAUUCAGUCUGUUCCAGCUGAGCUUAAUAUGGAUCACACUGUGGUGCUGCAGCUGGCAGAGAAAAGUGGCUAUGUGACUGUCAGUGACAUCAAAGCCAGUCUUAAAUGGGAGACGGAGCGAGCGCGGCAAGUGCUGGAACACCUGCUGAAGGAAGGGCUGGCUUGGCUGGACCUGCAGGCCCCAGGGGAGGCCCACUACUGGCUGCCAGCUCUCUUUACUGACCUCUACUCCCAGGAGAUUACAGCUGAGGAGGCCAGAGAAGCCCUCCCCUGACUGGGAAUGCGGAAGGGGGCACAGCAGCAGGCAGGGAGAAGAGGGAGGAGCUGGUGGUGAAUAAAACCUCGACAACUUUGUUUUAAAAAAGAACCAAAAAACCAAAAAAAUUCCAAUUUUUUUCUUCCCCCAGUA